GGUAGGACAGCAGGCAACAUGGAAACAUUUGAAUAUACUGAUAUGAAUUUCAAUUGUACCGAUUAUGAUUUGAUGCUUUGUGAGCUCGGGUUACACAACCAGACUGAGUGUUGUGAGCCACCCCCGACACCGGCACUACCACCAAAAGAUAUGAAUCAAACAGUGAGGAUUUUCUUAUAUUGCCUGAUAUUCUUGCUGAGCGUCCUCGGAAACGCCCUGAUAAUUGCAGUCCUGGUGCGAAACAAGCAGAUGAGAACUAUGACUAAUCUAUUCCUGCUGUCGCUGGCUGUGAGCGACCUGAUGCUGUGCCUGUUCUGUGUGCCCUUCACCCUCAUCCCCAAUCUCAUGAAGGAUUUCAUAUUCGGCAGUGGAGUCUGUAAAAUUGCUACCUACUUCAUGGGUACCUCUGUAAGCGUGUCCACUUUCAGUCUGGUUGCCAUUUCGUUGGAGCGCUACAGUGCAAUUUGUAACCCUCUGCAGUCAAGAGUAUGGCAAACCAAGUCCCAUGCCUUGAAAGUGAUCACUGCUAUUUGGUUUGUCUCAUUCAUUCUCAUGCUACCAUACCCAAUCUCAAGCACCUUGGUUCCCUUCACCAGAGACAAUAACAGCACUGGUAACAUGUGUCGUCUCAUCUGGUCAAGUGACAUCAUCCAGCAAUCCUGGUACAUUUUCCUGUUGCUGAUUCUUUUCCUUGUACCUGGAAUUGUAAUGAUGACAGCAUAUGGAUUCAUCUCUCUGGAACUGUACAGAGGAAUACAGUUUGAACAAAUUCGUAGGAGAUCCUCCCGAGAGAGAAAAAUCAGCACCAGCAGCAUUAAACACACUCACGGUGAUGGCUGCUACAUCCAGAGGUCCAAAAAGAAGAAGAUGGAAAUGCAGCAGCUGCCCAGUGCCAACAGUAUCAAGAUCAACAGAGCCAGAAGCAACAGCUCCACAGCCAACCUGGUGGCAAAGAAGAGGGUGAUCCGAAUGCUGAUUGUCAUUGUGAUUCUGUUCUUCAUCUGCUGGACUCCCAUCUUCACUGUCAAUGCUUGGCGAGCAUUCGACAGGGUCUCUGCAGACAGGCUGCUGUCCGGGGCUCCUAUAUCCUUCAUCCACCUGCUCUCCUACACGUCCGCCUGCGUUAAUCCUCUCAUUUACUGUUUCAUGAACAAACGCUUCCGUCUGGCCUUUCUGGACACUUUUGCAUGUUGCAAGCAAACCCACAACUUGCCACGAGAUGUGGAAGAGGAUGUAAAUACAACAGGGGCCAGUCUGUCCAAAUACACUUACAGCAGCAUCAGUCUAUCAGCCCAGACAUAGACUGAUUGAAAUACUCACGGUAAGCAGUCACAUAUCAAAAUGCUGGAGAUGUUUAAUUUACUAUUAAUGGGAUGAAAACUUGUGCUGCACUUUGACUUGUAAACUUUUUCAAAGUAAAAAACACGUGGCUAUUGGAUUGUUCUCCAGUUCAGAGAGAAACCCUUUUCUGAAACACUCAUUGUUCUUUAGACAGGCAAAUGAUUCUGUACUGCAUUUCAGAUUUUGAACCAAAAUGCACUGAAUGUUUUUCAUUGCAGUGCCAUCAUGUUAUAUUGGCACUUGUGUGCCGCAGUGCAGUAUUGGGUUCAAUUCUAUUGUGUUGUCAUUGGUGUUAAUGGCAUGCUCUGCUAGUGCUUCUGUCUUUGUUCAAGAUGGUGUAGUAACCAGUAUGAACAGUUUUUGUCACCAUUUUCUGAAAGGGCUGGCAUGGAAAAUAGCCCUAGUUUGUUUUCCAUCUGAAUGGAUUUUAAAUGAAGAAAAACAAGUACUACUGCCAAGUGCCAAGGCCUCAGAUACAGAAGUAUACAAUUACACACAAAUAUCUUCAGAAACCAGAAACUGGCUGAAGUGAAUAUUUAUUACUAGAAAUGUACAUAUAUCAGUAUAACAGUGCUUUAUUGCUGGUUUGCUUUUUGCUCAAUUUUACUACCAGGACUUAAGUUGCCGCUCAGGGUUUGCAGGUAAAAUCAACAGGGCACCCGUGAAUGUACAGAUAACAAGUCGUGUUGCAUGUGUAAACAGUGCUGAUGUUCCCUAAGGGGGGUUGAGUCUGUAUUUAUUAGGGGCUUUAGUACACUCCUCUCAUGAUGCAAUUACCAAGCCCUUUCAGAAAACUCUUGCCACUAUGAUUCUAUUUUCUUUGAAUGGAUGCAAAGCCAACAUACUGACCUUUAGAAGGUGUUAAGAAUGCCCCUUGGUGCACAUGUACUAAGCUUUUGCAGUUAGCUGCUAACUAGGUAUAAACAACUUAAGUGCAGGUAAAACCCCUUUAACUAAAGAUGACCUCCCUUAUAAAUGGCUCGUUCUUAACUGCAAACAGAUCUUCAAUUUCAUUCUAUUACUCACCAUUCAGAUAUAUAAUAGUAGCUCAGAUUUACUACUGUACUGUUAAUCAAAUGCAGCUGAAAAACUGUAUUUAUUAAUUAACUGAAUGAACAGAUUUAAAAAACUACAAAUUGAAGAAAAUAAACAACUAAUUAUAUUUUCAUUUCCUUUAGAUUACGUUCAAUUUAAAUUUUGAAUUAAGUGUGCAUUCUUUAUAAAUAAAAACCGUAUCCACUCGCAGUAUUUACAGACAAACCUUUCCUUUGAAUGAAUCUGUGAUCUGCAAAUGUUUUGAAGAUCACAUAGGUGUAAGCAGGAGGCUUUAAAUUAACAUGAUGUCUAAAAAUCUCAUUUGUUGUUUUUACUGUUAGAAAAUUUUGGAAACUUAUCAAAUUAGGGUAUGAGAUGUUCAAAUAGUUUGUAACGUUUUAAGUGUUGAAGGUGUAAGAUGUUGCUCAGUGUCGUAUGGUUCAUUGCUGCCUGGUAAGCCCCAGUACAGCAGCUGUCAGUGUGAGGUCAUAGUUUAGAUUAUUUGCAUACAAGCUACUUUGCAUAUAAUACAACUAGACAGCAGAAAACUAGGCUGCAUAACCCUUCUAUAUUUAAAUGAACUUGAAUCUAUUCAUGCUCAAUACUUCCCAGUAUUUUCAACUCAGUGGUUUUUGCAUAAUGUGAACAGCAGUGUCAUCUUUGAAGAAGCCAGAAAGCUAUUACUUCAUUGAAGAAAAAGGCACUUGGAUUUGAUACAUACAAAUUUAAAAGCGUCCACAUUCGGGUUAAAGAUGAGCAAGACGCCAAACCAAAUAAGGGAUCAAACAGAUGUUUAAGGGUGCAAAACAAUGGCCUUUUCAAAGAAAUGGCAUACCGUACUGUACAGAUUUGUGCAACAUGUCCGGAGCCUGUUGGCUGUAGUUCAUUUAGACAUUGAGAAAUUUGCAGUCACAUUCAUAUUCACGAGCAAUCCAGAAGCUUGUAUUGAGUCAGAUUUUCGCACUGCCUUCCUUGCUUUUUCUUACAAAAAGUAAAAUUUAAAUAAAGUGAUACCGACGUGCAUUUAGUCUACAGAAUCCUUUUGUAAUGAUAAUGAGGCAAGUAAGAUGACAUUAAGAGUGUUUACAUUUCUGUACUAAUCAUUUUGUUUUUGCAAUCCAUUCCUACUUGUUUUGGGAAUGGGGAGGCUUCUGUUCAAUGAUAACAGAUGUAGUUUACAUCUUAGUGCUCUUGCCUGGCACCGGCUCUGAGCCGCCCAGUACUAAGUGACUACAUGUUGCUGCUGUAAUUGAUCAUGGGACCUGAACUCCAGUCCUUGUGAUUAAACUGUCUUUAGACAGGCCUUGGCUGGGAGAGCACCUUUCCAAAACUAUUGGUGUCAGUUUAAUAAUUCCCAGACCCCUCUGCUAAGAUCAUGUUUGUGUGUUCAGAUUGACUCUACAGCUCCAUAUUCACUUGUCAGCGUUUAAAACAGAAAGACCUAGAAAGCCAAUUGUGAACAGAUCAUUAACUAUGCCUUGCACAUCUUCUUCCGCUAAAUACACACGUUACAGCAACAUUAAAAUGCUGAUUGUACAAGGUGAUGAACAAGAUGGAGCAAUGUGCCUGUUGUGUUUUGUGUGAGACUUUCUAUCAGUUUGGGAGUGUUGUAAUCUCUGUGUUUACGACGUCUGUAUUUAACCAGUGUCAAUUGAAGUUUCUAUAAAUGUAUGCUUUUCUUUCCCCGUCCUUGACCUACGAGUAAGAUCGUAUAUGUGUUUGUGCCGUUAGCAGCAAAGUGUUCUCAACUUGGUGGGAUUUAUUGCACCUGUGUUAACUCCAAAGGUCUAUCUCAAUGUAACUUGUCAGUCAGCACUGUUGUUUGAGGAUACAUGUGAUACUGUUUGCAGAAAACAUUUCUCUACAGUUUAAAUCUGUCACAAUUAAAAGCUGCUAUUCCUUUCAAGUGUUUUGUUCUUGUGGAAAAUAUUAGACUUCAGCUGUUUGUUAAAGAUUUGAUACAUUGAUAUGUACAUUAUGUGGCAGAUGACCUCUUAAGAUUACAAUUUCAGCUAUUUAGUAUGGAACAUAUAAACAGAUGGAAACUUUACCCCAGCACAGUUGACACUUUCAGCUACAUAUAUAAAAAGCUGUCUAAAUAUGUCAUUUUAUAUGCUGUACUAAGAAAAUCCUUGUUGCUUUUCUGUUGAUUAAUUUGGGAAUAAAAAUAUAAUGUAUAUGUAUUCCUGCGUCUUAAGCUAUAAAGCUCAUUGCUUCCAAAUGGCUGCUAAUUGUAUUCAUUUGUAUGUGUGCUCUAACCAUAACAUUAAUGACAUUACCGCCCAGUUUCAUUAAAUGGAACACAAAUACACUUCACUUAACGUAUGAUGUAUUUAUUCUUCAUAGGUAUUUAUAAACGCACCUAUACAUAAAUCCGAUCCAACAAACAUACUGCACGCUAAUGACAAGAUGAAGGUGAUGCUGCCCAGGGACAGGCUUGGUUUAUCUUUAUUUGGCUCAACACUAGCUUUUCAAAUAAGUCUGCCUGCUCCAGCCAGACAUUGCUGUAUUCUCCAGUUCAAAAGCCGAGAUCACAAAAACCAUAUAAGAAUAUGGUGCAUUGUUGUCGCAGUCUCCAUGUCCAAUUGCUUCAAGCUAACUAAAUCAAGCACAUGUCAACUCAAUCUUUUUACAUCAGUGCCAUCAAAUUUUAAGAGCAAUUAUCCGGUCUGAAAUUCAGACUCUAUGAACCCCAAGCAACACUGUUCUACAAGGACGGAGUGAUAUAGUAUUUGUUUAAAAUUAACGCUAUUACAACAUAGUUCUGUAUAUUCUAAUAUUCAUAUUAAUACCAUUCCUGCAUACAAUUCCAUUAUAAUGCAUAAUCUAAAUUCUAUUGUGGGUACAUUUUCAAAAGAUGGUAAUGAAGCAAGUUUAGAUUAUUAAUGUUUUGGAUGUCGGGCAAUUGUGGGACUAUAAGCAUCUAUAAUUCCUGCAUUCCAAACCUUUUUACUAUAUACGUUUGUGUUACUGAAUAGAUGCAGGUGGAACAACAUUAAACAAAUUUGGUAAGCCAUAAAAUUAAAACUAAACAAUUGAAAAUAAACAAAAAGACCAAGACAAAUGACUUUAUGAAACUGCAUGAAAGAAUAACCAAAACUAAAAUGUGUCUGAGUAAAAAUGUGUAUUUUUUUUCCAGAAUAAAUUUGUAAAAUGUAUUGACUUCUAGCUGUUUGUUUAAAAUAACACACAUAGGAUUGGUGGCUAUUAUCGAAGACAAGAAGCAGCGGAAGCCUCUUUACAAAGUGUUCUUUCAUCUAAAGAAAUUAUAGAAUUAGUUUUUUGGGGGAAUACAAGUAUUACUUUGAUGCCACACAUGUCUAAACAGAGUGCACUGUAACUUGCAAUCUUUUACCUUUGCAAGACACCUGCUCAUGAAAUGAAUGAAUUUACACACAUCUUGUGUUAAAAACAGUGAACAAAAAACACGUGUGUGGGUUACCUUUCAGUUUUAUUUCUUGAUUUUGCCCGUAUUGCAGGUUUUGCUUCAAUGAAAUAUGGAACUGAGCAGGUACAAUAUGUACAAAAAUGAUGUAUCAUAAACUGUCUCCUUAUUUCAUGUUAUUGCUAAAAUAUUACAUGUGCACAUUUGCUAUUACUUUACCAUUUGAGUACUGAGAACACUAUUUUUCAAUAUACAUCUUAAUAUAACAGUGGCAAGAGUACUACUAAGAAUGCAGUACAGUAUUUCUGCAGACAAUGAAGCAAGAUGGAACUACUAAAAAUGUAAUCCACAUUUUGUACAGAAGACACUAAAUGUAAUCCACGUUUUGUACAGAAGACACUAAAUGUAAUCCACGUUUUGUACAGAAGACACUUCAGUUCUCAAAAGGGUUCAGUAUGAAAACUUUUGUUUUAUUUCAUUUCGUUCCCAACAAAGCCUCUCAAUCCCACAUUGCAGUGCAUGAAAACAUUAAAGUCAAACAUUUGGCAUAUUAAAAGGAUACACAUUUGUUCAGCGCACAUUUGAAAACAGCUGCUUUCUGAAGAAAACACUACUGGAAAUAUUUCAACUAAAGCAUAUCACGAAAGCGUGACUGACAAAUGUUUAUAUAUUUUUUAUUUUAUUUUUAUUAUUAUUAUUAUUAUUUAUUUUUAUUUUUUUACAAAAUCUUUGUUCCAUCAGCUUUGUGUUACCACUGUCUGCAGCUCUGGUAACUGUUGUAGCAUUUACAUUUUCACCAGAAAGAGUUUCUACAGUUAGAUGGAUACGCUGUCCUGUGCUGUUUUUGUUUAAACUAACAGAAGGCAAAUGAAUCAAAAUCGGGUAGAAAGGUUAUUACUGUUGACCAUUAAUUACUUCUGCAAAAUCCAUAUACAAGCUUUUACUAGUCAUUAAGCCCCAGUUAAUCCUUGUUAACCAAAUGAAUGUAAACAGUCGAACCACAAAAGAUUGUCUAUUAGAUAUGCUCAAAUUCUUGCCUUCCCUCUAAGAUGAAGAGUUCAUUUCACUUUCAGUGAAAGGUUGGAGUUCAUAACAAUGACACAUAGUGUUUGUAAAUAACAAAUCGCAGAAACAAAACCAGAACAAACCCUGCAAUGGCAACUGAAUACUCAGAUAUGUGUAACAUUUCAGGUCUAAAGAUACGGAAUUUAUAUUAUGAAUAUGGAGGAAAGAAUAUCAAUUCCUUCUAGUAUGCCAACUAUCAAAAGACAGAGAAAGAAAAUCAUGGAAGGGGUUUGUUUCAUUUCACAAUGUGCACCAUAUGGUAAAGACAUUAUUUAAAAAGUUGAAGGUGGUAUAUAGUACACAGUAAAACAAAACCAAUUUCACUCUGAUAUGAAUGCAACUUAGCUGUGAAAAGUUGCCUUGCUGCUUUAAUGAAAUUCAAUGCCACCCUGAAGAAAUGCACCCAACCCCAACCAACUACUCACCAGUACUGCAGCAGUGUCUGCCUACUGACAGAUACCGGACGCCCUAAACGGCUAUCUGGGGCAUAAUGCACUUGUUUGCUGGCAAAAUUAACAAAAGCUAAAAAUGUUUUAAAAUAAUUUAAAAAGACAAAUACCACACUGUACAUUGGGCAUAUAUAUUUAAAAAAAAAACACCCACAAACUAAAAAAAUCUAUAGCUCAGAAUAUGGGAAAACAUUCCUCCCUCUUACGGUUUGAAAAUGUACCUUUUCCAGGACUAAAAUCUCUACAUACACAGGCCAACGUUUCUGAAAAGCUGUUAAAGACUUAACGUCAUUUUGGAAACCUCUGUAUUUUGAUAUGCUGCAUUUGUUUCACA